GAGAAGAGAGAUGCCCUCAGAGGUACAGUCUCAGUUGUGUCGCUGACUUACUAAAGAAGUCUCAACUUGUCCAUUUACGGAAAGUGAAGAGAGCUCAGAUAAGAAUACGAGAGGAACCAUGCACAAUAGGAAAUGCAAUAUAGAAUGUACCAAUUGAAACCAUACCCUAAAAUUCUCUUCAUAUUGCUUACUAGUCAACGCAUGUCGACUUGAAUUCCUUGAACAUCUCUCUCGUCUCAAUCCUCAACCCUUUCCACCAUAUUCAGCCAACUUUUGGGAGAACCCAUCAUCUUCGUCAGUCCCUUCUUGCCCUUCACUUUUUGGUAUUUACUGACCAAAUAUUUUUCAUAUUUAGCAUCUGCUAUUCAUGUCGAAGUGGAGGUGUUAAUGGAUGAACUUGGGGAGCCCUGGAGCUGAAGGGGGGACGAGAUGCUCGGUCUACCCCCCUUUUAGGUAUGGUCCUGGUUUGUGGAGGGACCUGGUGGAAGAUUGGUUGGAGCACGGCUGAAGAGUAGCUAUAUAGGAGGAUGGUGCUUGGUGCUAUCACUGCUGCCAACAUAGAAAGCCUACCAACUCUGCUUCUACUGCUGAUCGUCUCCUUCCAAGCUGGAGUUGUUGAAGAAAAAAGGUCUGAUGGUGGUUUGGUUGGUUGGGAGAAUUAGAAUUCGGGUUCCGGGCUUCAGUCGGACUGCGGCACUCGAACUUCCACUUUCAAACCUUUUGACAGAUCUCGGUGCAUGGUGAGUAGUGAGCCAAUGUGCACCUGCUGUAUAAUAAUAUUCCUCUACAACCCAAACACGUUGUUUCAUCUCGAAUCAGACAGAGUGUGAGUCGGGAUUGCAGGGAAAGCAUGGGCUCGAUGAGCCAGUAAGAAAACCAAAAUCAAACCAGGUGUAAUUUUGAUAAGGACAACAAUAACAAUAAAACACAGUUUUUAGUGAAAAAAAACGUUCGCCUUAUUCUGCUUUAUUAUUAUCCGUCGUCGUUAUCGUCUUUGUUGUUACAUAUCGAUGCCAUCAUUUGGUGCCAUAAUUUAUUGCCAGAAUAAUCUUGGAGAAAGUGUGUAGUACCUAGAACGAACGGGGUGAAGGUAAAUAAGUGAUUGGGAAAGAGAGACGUGAGAGAGUGACUGUGAAAUCAUGAUUAAAAUUUUGGUUUUAACCGGACUCUUGUCCAUCGGAGUAUUUGGAACGACCAGUGAAAGAGUGCCCCGUCCCGAGCUGGUGGAUGCAGAAACGGGCUACCACGGUCUCAUUCGUGAGGAUGAGUUGGUCGUCGAAGUGAAACCGAAAAUCCGGGCCAUUGGGGCGGAAAUUUGUGGAUUCCGAAUCGUUAGUCGACAUCAUGGCGAAACCCCCUUUGAGAUCGUUUUGAAGGAUGAAGAACGCGGAGAGGCCGAAUUGAGAGCUAAACGUCUCCUGAACUGUGAAAAACGCAAAAAUUACAAGUUUGACAUCGCUGCUGUCAGCUGCGUCGGUGACACGUCGGACAAUGCCACGGUUCACAUCACGGUCGUGGACGUGAACGAGUAUGCGCCCACCUUCUUGGAGCCCUCCUACGUCAAGCAGGUGGACGAAGGGAGACUCUACGAUCUCAUCAUCCGUGUGGAAGCCACCGAUCGCGACUGCACCGCUAAAUUUGGCGACAUUUGCAAGUACGAGAUUCUCACAAAGGAUCAGCCUUUCGAAAUCGACAAUGACGGAGUCAUUCGCAACACGGAGCCAUUGGAUUAUGACAAGAGCCACAACCAUAUCUUGUCUGUCGUCGCGUACGACUGUGGAAUGAAGAAAUCUGCCCCGGUCAUGGUCACGAUUAAGGUGUCUCGCGUCUGCAAAUUAGGAUGGAAAGGAAUUCCGGAAAGGAUUGACUACGCUCCUGGCUCUUCACGCCAAGAACUUUUCCCGGAGGCGAAUCUGGAGCUGUGCGAUGUCCCAUGUGCAAUCAACACCAUUGAGACCAAGCUCCAGCUGUCCACCAUCCACAUCGGAAAGGGCUGUGACCGCGAUACUUACGGAGUCCACUCGCAAAGGAAAUUGUGCGGUGCGAGCAGUGAGAGUGUGGACUUGUUGCCAACUCCAGGUCUGGGAACGGAGUGGACGAAGAACUUGCCCACGGACGAAGGUCAUGAGAGUGACCCCAUGUUUGAAUUCGAUGGGUCCAGCACGGCCGUGGUGGUUCCCGAGGGCCUGGUUUCACAUUAUCCCGGAGAUAACUUUACGAUUGCCACCUGGAUGAAGCACGAUGCGCACCCGGAGCAGGACCGGCACACCAAGGAGCACAUCGUCUGCAACGCCGAUGACCACAAAAUGAAUCGUCACCAUUUCGCUGUUUUCGUACGCAACUGCAGAUUGAUCUUGUUACUGCGCCGAGAACAUGCUGACGGAGAUCUCAACACUUUCCGCCCCGCUGAAUGGAGAUGGAAAGUACCGCAGGUCUGUGACGACGAGUGGCAUCACUACGCCGUGUCGGUGACAUUCCCAGACGUGCAAUUAUACAUUGACGGUCUAGCGGUCAAGCAGGAUAAGUCCAAUCCAGAGGUGAUUGACGACUGGCCACUCCAUCCGGCCAAGGGUGUCAAUACCUCUCUCAGCAUUGGAGCUUGCUGGCAAGGAUCUGAGAACAAGUUCAAGCACCACUUCCGAGGAUACUUGGCCGGCCUUUCCCUGCUCUUGGGGAAAAUGGAGGACCCCGGAGUGCUCAGCUGUCUCCACAAAUGCAAGGAAUCUCUCGAAGUUCCUGGAAUGGAGGUCGUCCAACCUGGAAUGCAACUCAUGACCAACACUGAUAUGACCGAAAUCACGGUGGAAGGAGAGAACACGACCGACAUUGAGAACCUGAUUAGACACGUGGGCUACAUCAACUCUCGGGAGUUUCCAACCCCAGGUCGACGCAACCUUCACCUGGCCACCAAAGUCAUCUGUGAGAGUGGAAAAACCAUCAAAAUCAUCCCAUCUGACUCUUUCGUCAUGGUUUUGCCUCCGCAAAAGCCCACGAUUGAAAUCAACGGGACAUCCAACCUGCCUCGUGACUAUGAAGACUUCCGUCUCGGUGUUCGCGUCUUCUCCGAUGUCCGAAUUACCAUUUCUUCCGACCGUGAUGACAACGAGGAGUGGAGAAAUGGGGAGCCGGUGAGCGUGAUUGAGCGGAAGUUGGACGCCUGUUCCGUUCAAGUGUAUCCUCCACUGAAUCCUGACCACGAGAGCAUCACGGUGCCCGAGAACAUGUUGAGUCAACUGGGGAUCGUGGAGAAGAUCACCAACGACGGGAUCCUUCUGAGUGGGGCUGACAUGAUUUACAACUACGAACAAGUUCUCCGUCAAAUCCAGUACAGCAACAGGAAGCCGGCUUACUACUUGAAUCGUGCUUUUAAACUCAUCUGCUCAGAGCUCAACGGAAGAUUCACUUCAAAUGAAUAUGUCCAAACGUUGACCGUGAUUCAUCCUGACAUGAGCAAAAGUACGGAGGAUCCCUACAUCAUGGCGGAGGAGCCCGUUCACGAGAAUGACGUAGCUGGUCCAGCUCACGUCCAAGUGGAACAGCACCACAUGGAAAUGAAACAAGCACACACCAUGAAUGAAAUGUACAUUCCGUCCUCAUUCCUGGAUGGAAAAGGUAUAGCCCAAAAAGUUGGGGCGACUCAUGCCGUCACUGUCAUCAUCGUGGUCUGCGUGGGAUUCCUCCUCUUUAUGAUCGUUCUUGGCGUGAUCCGAAUUCGAGCGGCACACCACCGCUCACAACAAGAUGACAUGGCCGAUGCAGAAAUGGCUUGGGAUGACUCUGCUCUGAAUAUCACAGUUAAUCCAAUGGAGAAUCUCAGUGGACCCGGCGGCCCUCCUGCCGGUCAAUGCGACGAAGGUGAUGAGAGUUGGGACGAAGAUGACGACGCUUCCAGUUAUCAUGACGAUUCAUCAUCUGAUGACGAUGGUGGGGACGAAGUGCGAGCAUCUCACCGUCCCCGUCCCACCCAGCCUCAGGUCCACGCCUCCCCUCUCCCUCCCUCCGUCCCAUCAACGUCUGGAGCAAAAACAGGCAAAGAGUUGGAGUGGGAUCAUUCCUCCAUGUAAAAUCCCAACCUCUCCAAUUAUUGAAAAUCUGAAACAGGUCAUUCCUUCGUCACUGUAGAGGCUAAUCAUCACCACCACCAUCAUCUUCAGCAACCCAAUAAUAAAUAACCCUGUGCGUAUUUGGAGAGAGGGAAUUGAUUGAAAAAUUGUCUACUUGUCCCAUUGAAAAGUAGAAACCACACGAUUUUUAAUUUAAUGUAUAAGAACAAGUUCUCUUGUAUGUGUAGCCUAAAGUCAGUGGACAAGAACAAAACGACCCAUCCAAAAUCUAUAACGAUCAUAAAAAUUAAACUAUACAGAGUAGUUUUACGUAUAUGGACAAAUGGGUAGGAUUUAGCUUACAUCAAAAUAAUUACAAUUACGUACAUACUCUUUUCACCACCCCAUCACAACCAACCUCCAAUCUAUACAAACAUAUUAAGUGUAUUGCAUAACAUAACAUUAAGUAUCCUUUAAUCUCGACAGGAUGUCCCGACAAAACUAAUCAGUCCUCAUUUCUAUCACUAAUUUUAAAUGCUCUGUUCGAGUAGUAGAUAUGUAGGUAUGAGAUAAUACAACUCGAGUAAGUGUGUGGGUGCGGCAACAACAGAGUUACAGUAAUUAAUGCAAUUACUCAUCCAGCUAUAUCUUUCACUACAGGAGAAUGUAGGAAAAGGGACGAUCAAAAACAUUUGGUUGCUUAUUCAUGAUACGUAUAUAUUUACAUUUGUAACACUAAUCGUAAGUAAAUAUUUAGGUCGAUAGAUUACGCAUGAAUCAAUGAAUGAAGAAUCAAAAAAAUUGACAAUUGAUGACAUAUGGGAUGAAAAGGCAAUCCAUUUUUAUGUUUCUAAUAAUUUUAAUAGCAAUCAUAACCACAUGUGUGACUGACAUAUUUCCCCGUAAUACUAGACACGUAUGCAUUAAUCCAAGUCAAAAACAAUUAACCUGUGUUAAUUAAGAUUUAAUUAUUAUUAACAAUAAUUAUUAAGCCAUCUAACUCGGAAUCCCAAAUACUGAUUUGGUCCUAUAUUGGGGACGUGGGGAUGGGAGCAAAAAAACACAAGGAGCAUUGUAAGCAUGCGUGGUCCGCAUGCUUACAGCAUUCCUCCUCCAAUGAGGACAUCCCAUCCCCACUUCGUCAAGAAGGAAUUAAAGAAAAGCAUAUUCAUUCCGAACAACGGAUUCAUAAUUUAGUUAUAUUGGAUCAAUUGAUACAUUUAAGUUUCCCUUUAUAGAAAGUAAUACUAAAUCUACAAAAAUGGGAGCACAGUUCUCCGACGGUGUGGCACGACAUGUCGAAUCUGUACAUAAAAAACUAUAUAUAUCGUAGGCAUAAUAUGCAGCUAGCUAAUGAUAACACACUAUAAUAAGGAAUAGUUCGUAUGAAAAAAUUUAUGUAUUACACAAUUAUUGUUGUAUUGUUAAGAACACGAAUUGUAGAGAUGGUGUAAUAUUACUGUUAUCUCAUCCCAUUGAUUUUUUUUUUACUUAAAACCUGUACAUGUAUAUAUGUACUACUGAUUUUGAGCUUAAUUGUAUUGCGGAAUUAUAUACAUUCAUCAUUUAACUAAUUUUAUCAUGCCCGGUUUUGUUAGUCUAUCAUGACUAUACAGUCGAUUGUUUCUGUAUUUCUCAAACAUGGUUGUGUUCGGUUAAUUAGUUGUUUACAAUUGGUUUUGAGAGGAUAUAUACAACUUUGUGUUUGUAUACAGGUUAUUUUUUAAAGGAUUUUUUCAGUAUAUUGACCAGAUUUCGAUAAAUGUGCUAUUUUUUGAAUAACCCAACCUAUUAUUAUCCUGUCGAUAGCUACUGGUGGAUGAUGGCUAUAAAAGUAGUAAGUUUUCCGGAUGCGUUUUCCCAUCGAUUGAAUAAUUUGUGGCGUGACAUAUCCUAAACGUAUAUCUGGUUUAUUGAGCAUCAUCAGCAACAUAAAUUUUGUGAAAGGAAUUUCCAUUGAGCGGCUAUAAAUUGUAGCUAUGUGCACCCCUCCCACUACACUUUACACACAGUACAUUACACUUAGUGUAGCACGUAGUCAUUGUAUUAUUCAUAAUAUAAUAUAUAUGUAUGUAAAAGUCGGUGUAAUAACUUAUUAACUGGGCCCCUUAAAGAUACCCUGCGCACUGUCACCAUAAUCUUACUUACUUAAUCUCGAAGAUGAAUAACACAUGCAGAGAGGUUGCUAUUUACAACUGUGACUUUGUUUUGCAUGAAUGAAAUGCCAAGAUUUUGGAUACAACAAAUUAUUACCUUGGCAGAGUAGUCAGGAAGGGAAAUACUGGAGAGAUGUGUCUGUGGGUCAUGUUCAUUAAUCUUUUGUCAUGCCGAGCUGAAUUGAGAUGCUGGAUAAACUGGAUAAGAAUAGACAAGUAAUAAAAAAAAUGGGGAGGAAAAAAUCAUCCUAGUUUUGAUAAAGUGCAGACUCUUGUUUGAUUUGAUUGUGACAACCAAAAAUGUGCAACACAGAUUUAUCAAAAAAAUGUACCUCUUUGUUGUUCUAUUCCAUGUGUAAUAUGUGUUGAUUGUUGUUUAAUAGGCAAAAAGCAAAUUAAAGAAAUUAACGAGUAGUACAAGUUUAGUUGUUAAUUGUGUAAUUAUCGUAAAACGUAACUAAAAAUACGAGUAUUUGAAAUACAUUCCAAAACAUGCCCUUAUUAAUAUUUUGUGUCAUGGUACGAUUUUAGUUAGAUUUACAUUCUCGUUAUGUCCGAAUUUUUUAGAAAUUGACUUCAUGCCUAAUUUACAUAGAGCAAAAUUACGAUAUAUAUAUUGAAGCCUACUUAAUUAUUCCUAUAUAUUUACAUAUAUAUAAUUAAUUCAAACAAAUUGGACUUAUCCAUUGCUAAGAAUUGAAUAUGAACAAUUGAAUAUGAUUAACUUUACUUAUGCUUGGUUUUCGAACAAAUUACACACAUUUGCACACCUUCUCUCUCUCUCGUAUUUACUUGUAUGGUAACGAAUAAGGAUGUAGUUGAUUUGUAAUAAGUAAUAAGUUAAAUCUAUUUAGCCAUCUAACCGUAAUAAUUAUAAUUGUAAUAUGGUUAACCGUGUAAACUGCUGCGUCCUCCCAAAAAUUAUGAUGGAUACAUUAUUCUAUGAUUGAAUAAAACGUGUUUAACCUUAUUUUUUCGAAUUUAAA